GAAGCGCGGCAGGAUGGCGGCGGGGCGGGGGCCGCCGGCCGCCGCGGCGCUCACGGUGCUGCUGUCGCUCGGCGCCUCCGUCCCGGGGCUGCUGCGGGGAGCUCCCGCCGCCUCGCUGCGGCCCGCAGCCCUGCGUGCGGGGGAAGCCCACAGGUUGGUCACCUACAUCUUUGUCUAUGAAGACCUGACCUCCUUGACCUGUGGUGCCCUCAUCAUCUGGUAUUUUGGUGGCAGCUUUGAGAAGAGUUUUGGCACAGCGAAGCACUGCUUCCUCACCCUGGCCUUCACCAUCCUCUCAGCCCUCUUGUUCCUCUUGCUUGGGACCAUUGUCUCCAGGGUGUCCCAGGUGGAAGAUGCCAAAGGGUUCCUGCCAGUGGCUUUUGCUAUGCUGGGGGUGUCCAGCACCCGCUCACAGGUGAAGAGGACUCUCUUCUUCGGGGUCAGGGUUCCAGUGGUGCUGGUGCCAUGGUUCCUGCUCUCUGUAGCCUGGUUUAUCCCCCACUCUUCUCUCCUGGGUAACCUGAGUGGGCUUCUGGUGGGGAAAGCCUAUGGGCUCAGCUGCUGUUCCUGCCUGGAUUUCCCGGAGUCUGUGGGCUCCAAGCUGGACCAUGUGUUCCCUUUCAGCCUGUUAAAGAGGAUUCCAGGGCUGAAAUACAUCCCAGGGGCCUUGGCAGAGAGAAGAGCCUUUGAAGGCAGCAAGAGACUUAAGGCAUCAACUUGCCACCAAACAGGAGGCAUUUCUGGGAGGUCCAGGCUUUCACAAAGUCACAGAGUGGUCGUGGUUGGAAGUGACCUCUGAAGAUCAUCUAGUGCAACUCCUCUGCUAGAGCAGGAUCCCCUACAGCAGAUCCCACAGGAACAUGUCCAAACGAGUUUGGAAUGUCUCCAGAGAAGGAGACUCCACAGCCUCUCUGUGCAGCCUGUCCCAGGACUGUCACCCUCACAGGAAAGAAGUUUUUCCUUAUGUUUAAUUUGAACCUCCUGUGCUUUAACAUCAUAUUUGUGUCCAUAAAUAAAACAAAGAAAAAAACCCAAAACCACACCCACAUCCCACAGAAUAAAAAUAAUAAAAAUCCAAGCCCCCAAACCCCAGCAUGAACCAGUCCUUUAGUCUUGCUGGGAAUCUGGCAGUCAUGGUCUGCAUGAAUAUGGUCCUGAUGCUCAGCACUCAGUGCUGGGAUGGGCCAUGCUGUGCUCCUGUGCUCCCAGAGGAUUUGGCUCCAAGGUAGAUUCCCUGUUUCAGUGGGAUGAGUCACCUUCUGCUGGCAAAGGCUGUUUCUAGACCUUGCUUCUAAUCUAUUCAUUUUAUUUAUAACUCUCCUUCCACUUUCAGUCCAUACCCUGGGCUCUAAACCCAGGGCCUUUUUGGCCUCCUAGACAGAAGGUGUCUCUAGGCAGUUGUGAUUCCUCCUGAUUAAUGACCGGGAUGUGGUUCAGUGGAAGGCAGGGAGGAUGGCACAGACAUCUGAAAGCACUUUGCUGUUGGGCUUGAGUGUUCCCUGCACAGAGACUGGGGCCCAGAACUGUGCUUGUUCAGUGGGGUGGAACUGGUGUAGGUUGGGAGGGGGAACAUCUGUCCUGGGAGGCCAGUGAGCCUGUUUUACUCAAGUGCUGCUUAUAGUAAGAGCUUCUCUAGUUGUAGCAAGGCUCUCUGGUGAUUCACUGACCUUUCUGAGCACCGGGCGGGAGGAAAUCUCCCCCAGGGCACUUUCAGUGCUGAUUAGGCACUGCCAGUUCUGAACACUUCUGUUUUCUU